GUCCAGAUAAAAUUAUCAAUAAUUAUUAACCGUGUUCGGUAAAACCGAUUGAAUAUGAUCGGGAUGAACUCGCAACGAUCGAGUGAGAUCGGGAACGAUCGUGCGAAAUCGUGCAUGUAUAAAAAGGCAUUUUUAUUUAAUAAAAGAUUCAUUCGAAUCUAGCCGUCAGCGAGUACGGAGACAGUAUAAUUUGAUAUUUAACUUAAUCCUAAAUCCGAGUCUUAAAACUAUUCCCUAAUUCCUAUUUAAAUUUAUAAGAAGUUUACGCGAGUGAGUAAGUAUAUUAAAAGUGGCGACGAGUGAAAACGUUGAAAACGCGGAACGCGUCGUGCAGUGAUUUUUGGUUUAACACAAUUUGUGGUUGCAGAUUUAAGGCGGAGAGGUUCAAACGGAUCUAAUUAGUCCAGAGUGAACAGACGUGAGUAUUAAGUGACCUGCGAGAACCGUAGAUAGUCUGUAGUUAGUGAUCUUAAACAGCUAUUGCACGGAGAUUCCUCGAUUAAGCGCAUAUUGAAAUUUUUGUGAAAACCCAUCUCUUCAUACCGAUCACGUGAUUAGCAGACUCCAUUUUAUAACAAAUCUUUUGUUCUAUUCACAGCCGCACACACGCACCAGCCGUCCCAAGCCGAUCAUCCUCGGGAUCAUCCUUUUGUUCGCGGCGUGAGAUCGCGGUAAUCCGGCGGUGAGCAGGCUUGACGCGGUGAGAAUCGCUAAUCCAGAUCGUGAGAUUUGACAAGUGAGGCGUGAGUGAGGAAUCAGGGCGGCGAGGCCAGACGAUUUGCUCACGGUCGGCGAGAAGCACCAACCGACCCCGCGGACACGUGUCAUCAGCAGCAUUAACCCAAGAGUUCAGCCAAAGCUACGGUCACACUCCUGCGGUUACUGUAAGUAGAAAACUUGAUUUUUUUUUUCGCCCCAAGAUGUCGUCUGUUCCCGGCAUGAUCGGUUCUAUCGAUCAUUACCAUCGAAGCAAGUCUUUUGCCAAUUAUGUUGAGCGAUUUGAAGUAAUGUGCAAACUCAACAAGGUGGCUUGCGAUGCAGAUAAGUUGUCGUGGUUUAUCUCUGUGAGUGGCGAGGACGUUUUUGAUGAAAUUAAAUUGAUUUUUCCUAAGCAAGAAGUUGAAAAACUUGAAUUUAAGGAAGUUGUUAAGCAGCUGAAAGGCAGGUUUGAUAAAGCUGUGCCAGCCAUGAUGUAUCGAUUUGAUUUUUACAACCGUUUUCAACUUCUUAAUGAAAGUUCUGAGAAUUUUGUACUCUCAGUAAAACUUCUCGCUGAAGAUUGCAACUUCAAUGCAUUUAAAGAUGAGGCUCUUCGCGACAAACUUGUUAUGGGCAUUAAAGACAAACGUUUGCAACAUAAACUGCUAGAAGAAGAAGAUUUAAGUUUGGCGCAGGUUGAGAAGAUGGUAAUCAACACGGAGAGGGCUGAAAAACGGGCUCAACAAAUGGGUGAAAAUCGUGUGGAAAAUGUUGGUGCUACUGCUAGCGUUCUGGCUGUUCAUCAGCGAUUGGGACCAAAAGUUAAUUCUUGUUCGGGGAGAUAUCGUUCACGCAGCAGGAGUCGUGAUCGUGGUCAUGAGCGCAGAGGACGUGACAUGGAUCGCAGAGGCCGAGAAGUGAGUCGUGAGAGGCGAGAUUACGAUCGCAGAUCUCACAAUCGUAAUCACAGCUACGAUCGCAGCCACAGCCGUGAACAAAAUUACUACAACAAUGCAAUUUGUAAUUAUUGCAAAAGAAAGGGACAUAUUAAGCGUUUUUGUGAUUUGCUUGCGGGUAAACAAGUUAAAAGGGUGAAUUUUGUUGAAGAGGAUACUCCUGAAACUAAACCGGUUUUUGACAAAUUCAACAGAAUCAGAAUCAACAACUCUGAGGAUGAUGAAAGUGAGAUGCAGUGCAUGAAAAUUGGGGAUAAGAAGACCUUAAGUGAGCCGUGUUUAGUGGAUGUUCGAGUUCAUGACAAAUUUUUGGAAAUGGAAGUUGACACAGGGUCAGCAGUUGCUGUUAUUAGUCAACAUUUGUACGAGCAAUAUUUCAAUGAAAUUCCUCUUAAAUCUUGCAAUAAACGCUUGGUUGUGGUUAAUGGUUCGGGUUUGGAGGUGCUUGGACAGAUUUCUGUUGAAAUUGGGUUGAAUAAGCGAACCGAGACCGGAAAUUUGGUUGUUUUGAGGUGUUUGAAGAACUUUACACCACUUUUAGGCAGAGAUUGGCUUGACAUGUUCUAUCCUGGCUGGAAAACUCAGUUUUUACCGGCAAAUAUCAUUGGAAAUUUGGAUUACAAAUCAACUGACACAGUUUUAGGUAAUCUUAAACUGAAAUACAACAAAGUGUUCUCUAAAGACUUUACUGAACCAAUUACAGGGUACCAAGCUGAUCUGACCUUUAAAUCAGAACAACCAAUUUUCAAGAAGGCGUAUCAAGUUCCGUACAAGAUCAAAGACAAAUUCAAUGAGCAUUUAGACAUGUUGGAGCGACAGGGAGUGAUCACACCAAUCAAGGCGAGCGAGUGGGCUUCGCCAGUUAUUGCGAUUGUAAAAAGGAUGGGGAUUUACGCAUGAUUCAAAUUGGCCGACACGUGGCUACGGCGCACAGACAUCAGCUGAAGGCGUUGCACGUUCCCAAACGUGGGUCCGUGAAGAUGUGUUUUGCGGCCAACAGUUACAAACGCAACUUCUCCUCAAUCGAUGACGAUGGAGGAUUACUCGGGCAUUCGAGGGAUUACGCGGUGUAUCGUAAGCAGAGAAAGGUUGACAACGAAUCCCGCAGUCCUGUUAGAACGAGGUCGAGGGCCAGAUUGGAGAAUCAGCAGGGACACAAUUAACAGAUCUACCUUUGCGUUCAGGUGCAAGUUCUAAGAAAUGCACAGUCGAACCAAUCAUCAUGAAAAAUACAUUUUUGCGCUGAAUUAAAGUGAAUUUGAAAUUAUAUUUCUUUCUGAUAUUGUUAACAGUGUAGUAUAUAAGCAGUGAAAUGAAAUUAAGUUUAUAUUCUCGAUAAAUAUGAAAUCAAAUACAAAUUAGAAUGAAUUUGCUUAAGAGGGAAGAUCUUGUAGUGUCCAGAUAAAAUUAUCAAUAAUUAUUAACCGUGUUCGGUAAAACCGAUUGAAUAUGAUCGGGAUGAACUCGCAACGAUCGAGUGAGAUCGGGAACGAUCGUGCGAAAUCGUGCAUGUAUAAAAAGGCAUUUUUAUUUAAUAAAAGAUUCAUUCGAAUCUAGCCGUCAGCGAGUACGGAGACAGUAUAA